GUGGGGUCGUACUAGGAGGUGGCUGUCACAUUGGGUCACGCGUGGUGCUCGGGUUGUGGACGCGUAGCCAUGGGGAAGAGGAAAAGUAGUAAAAAGUCCAAGGACAUCGUGAAGAAUCUGACCAAGAAACAGAAAAAGCAUCUGAGGGACUUUGGAGAGGAACAUCCCUUUCACGAUAAGGUUUCUGAUAAAAUCGAGCCAACUCGUAUUGUUGAACUGUCUGACAUCUCGGAACAAUCCGAUUCAGCAAGUGAUACAGAAUCCGUCUUGGAACAAGCAACUGCCUACCAACACCUGUGUUCCACCUUAAAAAAUGUUGGAGCUGAUGAAAGUGAAAGUGAGAGUGAAAGUGAACUUGAAGGAAAGGCAGAGGAUGAAGAUGAUGAGAGGAAAGAAGAGGAGGUGGAGGUCCCAGAUGUUGACAGUGAAGUUGAUGAUGAAAAUGGCCAAGGAGAAGGAGAUUCAUUCAGUGCUGCCGAGGACAGUAAUGCAGAGAAAACACUUGAAAAUGAUGUGGUGAUACAUGAUAACAAAGACACCAAUGACCUGGGAGAUGAUUUUACUGAUGUGAAGAAUGAAGCCAAAUUCUGUCUAGAAAGUAACUACAAUGUAGAUGAAAACGAAGUUUCUUGCACUCACAGUUCUGAAGAUCCAUUUAAACAGCAUGUGGACACAGAACUAGACAGCAAUGAUCUGAAAACUAUAACCCAGACCAAAAACACAAUGCAGUCCAAGUGGACUUCUCUUGGGCAGCUGGUGUGGACAAGCCCACUAUUAAAGGAGACUUCCAUCAAAGAGUUAUCAUGUGAAAAUUUGGAAAAUCUCCACCUCCAGAAACCUCUCGAAGCAACAUGGCCUAAAUUAAAUAGUCAGACCCAUGCAAAAGCCAAAUUAAAUGAACAAAAAUUCUUCACGCCAUUACAACAAGGACUCUUCUCCAUAAUGAAUGCUUACAAGGACUUGUAUUACCCAGAAAGGACAGCUUUACAAAAUGGAGAGGAAGUUCGCCACACCUAUUGUUUACACAUGAUAAAUCAUGUGUUGAAAGCAAAUUCGCAUGUGCUAAACAACAACGCAAAGAAAUACAACAGGAAGGCAUUUGAUGAUGAAGGUUUGAGCGAUCAAGGACUUACAAGACCCAAGGUACUUAUUGUGGUGCCAUUCAGAGAUUCUGUUUUAAGAGUGAUACAAACUUUGAUUGGUCUUCUUGAUGUGAAAGAUAAACUGGAAAUAAGCAAUAAAAAGAGGUUUAAGGAUGAAUAUGGCUCUAAUCCAGAUGACAAACCACCAAAUCUAAAACGUCCUGAAGAUUAUGAAGCUAUCUUUGCAGGCAAUAUUGAUGAUCAUUUCCGAAUAGGUGUGGCUAUCCUUCGAAAGAGUAUAAGAUUGUACGCACCAUUUUAUUCCAGUGAUAUCAUCAUUGCCUCUCCACUGGGCUUGCGGACAAUUAUCAAAACAGAAGAUGACAAGACCAGGGAUUUUGAUUUUCUUUCCUCCAUUGAAAUAUUAAUCAUUGACCAAGCUGAUGUUUAUCUUAUGCAAAACUGGGAACAUGUUAUGCAUCUACUGAAACAUCUAAACCAACAACCUCACGAACCACACGGAGUGGAUUUCUCUCGUGUGCGUAUGUGGAGUUUGAACAGUUGGUCCAAGUAUUACAGGCAAACUUUGAUCUUCAGCGCACUUCAGAAUCCACAGAUUAAUUCUAUUUAUAGUAAACACUGCUUCAAUUAUAAGGGACAGGUGGCUGUGAGGAAUAUGCCUCAAACUGGUUCAAUCUGCCAUGUUGUUGUGCAGUUGCCACAUGUUUUCCAGCGAGUAGAUGUCUCCAGCUUCACAGGAUUGCCUGAUGCAAGGUUUGAAUUUUUCACCCAGAAGAUUUUGCCUCAAUACAGAGAAGCGGUCAUGUCCCACACAUUAAUUUACAUACCAAUCUAUUUUGAUUAUGUGCGACUCAGGAAUUACUUUAAUCGUGAAGAACUGAAUUAUUCUCAUGUUUGUGAAUACAGCAAAAAAUCAACGAUUAAUCGAGCAAGAUACCACUUCCUGAAGGGAGAGAAAUCUUUCCUCCUUUUCACUGAACGGUUCCAUUUUUAUAAACGAUAUACCAUCAAAGGCAUCAGACAUCUUAUUUUCUAUGAGCUUCCCACAUAUCCACAUUUCUAUAGCGACAUCUGCAACAUGCUGAAAGCAGAAAAUAGGGGUGAUGAAGCAUCAUGGACAUGCACUGUUCUGUAUUCUAAGUAUGAUGUUCAAAAGCUAACUCGUGUGGUAGGAGCUGAGCGGGCUGCCCAAAUGAUACAGUCCAGUAAACCUGUCCAUUUGUUCGUAACAGGAGAUGACUUGUAAGAUAAACCAAGGACUGGUAAUAAUUCAACAGUUUGACAUGGCUAGAGUCAUGCUUGGGAUUUAAUGUACUAGCCUAUCAUUCAAUUGUACAUUUGUUUUUUAAUAUCAGGAAUACAACACUCGUAAUUUUAUGUAUGUCAAAUUUGUAGAUAAUGUUUCCUAUGUAAUGUAAAAUGAGAGCCAUUGUGAUUAAAACAUAUGUAAUCAUUUUUUUUGCUGGAUUUCUAAGGCAAAAAUAAUAACUGCAGAAAAUAGCCAAAUGUUAAAAUAAACUGCAACUCUAAAAUUUUCUGUGUGAGCCCAUAUUCUAAAAAUAUAUAAUAUCAUUCUCAUUUUCAUUGAUUAUAAGACAGUUUGCAAUUCAAGUGAAAAGUAAAUUAUAAGCACAUCUUUUAUUUCUAUAGCUGUUAAUACAUUGAUUUAUUUUGGGGAUGUAAAAUUCCUGUUUUUCAUCUUUUGUCAAAUUCACUAGUGAAUUUCUCCAUGCCAUUAAUACUGGUUAAAAUUGCACAGAAUUGUUUAAUUUUUGCAAAAGCGGUGAAUGAGGCUAAAUUCUAUUUCUUUUUCCCAAUUUUCUCUCUUGGUGCUUGUACCAUUUAGCUAUGAUGAGGACUAUCUGUUCUGGUUCUUUUUAAGAAACGUUUGCAUCUGAGAGCCCAUAUUAAGGGGAAAGGUAUUUUAUGGUUGAGUAAAAUUUUAUUUGAUUCAAGCAGCUUCUGUAUUGAUAAGGAAUAUCUCCUGAUCAUUACGCACCUUUCCUACCAAUAACGCACAUGGGUUUUAUGAUUGACUGCGCUUUCAAUCUGAAUUGUCCAGUCAUAAUAUUUUGCUCAGGGUUCAUCUACAUGAGAUCCUUCACGUAUGCACAAGGGAACUGUCCUGCAUCGGAUUUAUAUUCCAUUUUGUAAACAAUCCUUUGAGAUUUCCAAUAGACCAAAACCUCACCAUUCUUGAAGUACUUUGACACUUGAAACAUUUUGAGAAAUUAUCAUACCGCCAAGAAUGAAUGAAAACAUAAUCGUGUAAUAAAAUGCUUCAACUAAUUUCUA